AUGAGGAAGAAGUCCGCCUUAGAGAGACCUGCAGCUGCUGCAACAGCAGCAGCAGCAGCAACACCAGCAACAGCAGCAGCCACAUCCAGACCCGCAGCAGUUGCAGCAGCUAGACGAGCAGCAGCAGCAAAAACAAGAGCUGCAGCAGCAGCAGCAGCAGCAGCAAAUGCUACAAGGCUAAGAACAAAUAGUAGGCAGAUUCGAAGCAACCAGCACGCAUCAACAUGCCCAGCAGCAGCAGCAGCAGCAGCAGCAGCAGCAGCAAGAGCAGAAGCAGCAGCAAAAGCAGCAACAUGCUGGGAGAGCAGCAGCGGCACUUGUCGCUGCUGUUCCCUUGAGAAACCCCACUGCAACAGCAGCAGCAGCAGCAGCAGCAACAGCAGCAGCUGCAGCUUAAGCUGCCACAGAAGCAGCAGACUGCACGCCAGGAGCAUUUGCUGCUGCAGCAGCACAAGGCGCUCUUGCUGCUGCUGCAACGAUGUAGACGAGUAUGAAUGUCCUGCUGCUGCUGCUGCUGCUGCUGCUAGAUCGCAGCAACAAGACAUCUGGUACUGCAACCCUAAACAGGAAGAUAAAGAAAGACAGUUGUGCUGCUGCUGCCCACCGAGUAGCAGCAGCAGUAGCUGCAGCAGCAGCUGCAGCAGCAGCUGCAGCAGAAGUUGUAGCAGUAGCUGCAGCAGUAGCAGCAGCAGCAACUGUAGCUGUACCUGCAUCGGCAGCAGCAGCACCUGUUCCUGCAUCGGCAGCAGCAGCAGCGCUUGCCGCAGCAGCAACAGCAGCAGCAGCAGCAGCAGCAGCCGUUGCUGCAGCAGCAUAAGCUGCAGCAAAUGCAUUGAGGAGGGAACUCUGUUGGAUGAAUCUAACGACACUCGCUGCAGCACGAACGCUGGCAGCAGCAGCAGCAACAGCAGCAGCAACAGCAACAGCAGCAGUCCUUCGUCUCUGCGUUCGAGCAGCUGCACCAAUUCCUCAUCUGCAUGCUUCUUUAGAAAGCCAGCAGCAGCAGCAGCAGCAGCAGCAGCAGCAACUGCUGCUGCUGCUGCAGCAAAAGAGAAGAGGACCCGUAAGACAGGUGCAGCAGCGUUGUCUCCGCAGCAGCAGCAGCAGCAACUGCUGCUGCAGGAGCAGCAGAGUUUUGGCGUUGAGGAUCUGUUGCAGCCAAUGCUGGUGCCCUCCUAUGAAGCAGCAGCAGCAGCAGCAGCAGCAGCACAUGACCAAGACCUGCAUAUACACCUGAAGGACAAAGAAGGGCCAAACUAUCGCCAGAAGGAGCAGCAGCAGCAGCAGCAGCAGCAAACGCAGUCAGACAGCAGCAGCAAUAAGAGUCUUCUAAGGGAUAAUGAUAGCUACAGCAGUAGCAGCAGCACAGGCAGCAGCACAUGCAGCAGCACCACAUGCAGCAGCAGCAGCAGCAGCAGCAGCAGCACGGAGGCAUUCCUUGCUGCUGAUGUUGCUUGGUGGCAAGGACGUGCUGCUGCUUGGCGGCAGCAUGCGGUGUCUUCCUUCAAGCAGCUGCAGCAACUGCAGCAGCUAAGCAAACAUCUGCAGCAGCAGCUAAGGUUAAUGCAGCAGCAGCAGCAGCAACAGCAGCAGCAGGAAGCAAAACAGCAGCAGCAGCAACAGCAGCAGCAGCAGCAGCAGCAGCAAGUGUCAAAUUAA